AUGUCUUUCCCAUUGAUUGGGGCCUUCUUGUUGCUGCUGCUUCUUCUAUGUUUUGUGGGUGUUUUCAUUUGCCGUCGACAGGUAGUGCCAACUCGCGUGAGCUCGCGUGGGUCAACGCGGACGUCACUGGCACACAAAGGAAGUGAGGCUGACACGGAGGAUGAUGGAGACGGUGAAAGUAUGACUGCGCGUCAUGGGCCGCCAAACCCACAGGAGGUUGCUGCGUUGUUGCGCCGCCGCCAGGUGCAACGGGCACAGGGACGUGGUGACUGCGCUCCAGAUGACGGGGCGGCUACACCACAACCAAAACUCACGCGGCUGCAAAAGAAGAAACAGGAAAAGGACCGUGAACGAGAGGAGCGGCGCCAGGCACAGGAGGCGGCCGAGAGCAAUCGACGCACCAGGCAAGAGGCGGAGCGACAGCGACAGGAAGACCACCAGCGCGACGAGGAGGAGCGUCUGCUUGCAGAAGAGAAGGCGCUUCAGGAGUUACGCGACGAGAAGAAGCGACAAGAUGAUGAGGAAUACGCCAAGUGGAUAGGCGCCAUUGGUUUAGAGGAAAGUGGUGAGAUUGGGGAUGAGGAAAGGGUGCGGCAAGAGGCAUUACUCGCGUUCUUGACGAGGCGAGCGAGGGAAGUGGAGGCGCGUCAAGAAAACCAAACGGAACAGUUGUUACAGUCUGCAUCUCCAACGGCUACUGCAAAAGAUGAAGAGUCCUCGCGAAGUAUUCUGGUGCUGAGUAGCGUAGCACGAGAGUACAACGUCACGGUGGAAUUGUUGGUGAAACUCAUCGAAAAGUUGCUUAAUGACGGAGUUAUUGGAGGGGUAUUCGAUGAUCGGGGAAAGUUUAUUUUUGUGGCCGAAGCGCAUUAUCGUGAAAUAGCUCUGUUCAUUCAACAGCGCGGCCGUGUGUCCGUGAAGGAGCUCGUCAGGGAGUGCAACCGAGUGAUUUUGUCGUGA